AUGAGUAAGGAAAAGUUCCGUCUAGUCAAGGUGAAAACUGAAGGUGAAGAAGAUGCAGCUUCAAAAGACGAAGAAACCAAUGAAGUCAUUUAUUGUGAAGCCUUAGCAGAAACGCUACAUCACGUUACCCUACCUGUGACAGUGGGAUUUUUUGCCCCAUGGGGGCGGAAGAAGAGAGACCUCUUAGACGAAAUCCAAGGCGCCAUGACCAGAAGAAGUAAAGAAAAAAAGGACGGGAAAGGUGGUGGAGGAAAUGUGAUUUCUCUGAUUUCCUUCAUCUGGCGCAUCAUUUUUUAUCACCCCGUCUUCAGUUCAGCACCAUCCAAAAGAGUCCGAUACAUCUUCAUCAGCUUUGAUGCCUGGGAGUACGUCGGCUGUGACCGUACCUGGGCCGGUCUGGUUACGACGCUGCUUGAUGAAACUGAAAAGAAAAAUAAAAUUCUCUUCAGUUUUAUUAGGGCCUUUGGUGGGGAACCCUCUAAAGAGAAAGCAAAAGUGGGAAAGAGAAAGAAAUGGGUUUUAAAAAACUUGAAUAAGAUCUUCCUUUGGAUGUGGGGUCUCUUAUGUGUUAUUGUUUUAAAAUGGUAUAUUGCGCUGCUGAAGUAUCACAUUGAGAUAUGGGAGCAGAUGGGAUACGUAACUACAGGAGUGAUAGCUGCCGUCUUUGGUCUUCCUUUCCUGGUGGUAGCCAAGAAUUUAGUUUUCACAAUGAAAAAGAAGUUCCAGGCCGACAUGAAGAGAAAGGACCUCAGUGCGCAGUUGGGCUUCAUGCACUCAGUGAAAGAAGAGGUCAAAACCACCAUCAACUUCCUCCACUUCAUGGAACUCAAGGAGGAUAGCAAGAUCCGGGUGGUCUUAGAGAUCACCAACCUAGAUUUAUGCACCCCAGACAAGGUGGUGGAAGUCCUGGACGCCAUCAACAUUCUUCUUUGUGACCCAGAUGCUCCGUUUAUCCUCAUCCUGGCUGCCGACCCAAGUAUCCUUGUGGAAUGCAUUCAGCAGUCCACUAAUACCUGUAACAACGGCUACUUGUACUUGGACCGCAUCGUUUCCUUGCACUUUUCUGUGCCACAGAUGAGUCGGAGGGCCAAGUCACAGUUACUCGACAGGAUUCUGGAAAACCUGUUGACGCGUCCCACUACAAAUCCUGGGAAAAAAGAUUCUGCAGGAAGCAGUAAGAAGAACACAGCUAAGAACACAAUAAUAGACGAAACUGAGGAUAUCCAUCAGUAUCUAUGCAAAGAGGAUUUUGACGCCUACUUCCCGGGGAAUUCUGUCCAGAUGAGGCGGGUCGUGAACACUGUGCUGACCAUGCGGGCCAUGACCGAAAUGGGAUUUCGACCCAGAGGAGGACACAAAACGAAUGAAAAAAGUGAGAGAGAAACAAUCGAACAGAUGAUCGAUUGGGUUGUGCUUGCCAACUUUUGGCCUUGCCGUUUGAGCUGGAUUUUUCAAUGCGUGGAAGACGAUGAGCAGUAUAGACUUGAGGAAAUCCAGAGAAUGGAGGUCAGUGGGAAGAAUGCAGGAGGGCAUCCACUGGGGAAAAUAUCUGAAGAGAGUGACAACAGAAGAUUACUGGACCUUUAUGAGGCCAAUGCUCAGGAACUGGACAGGAUGAAGUAUAGCGUCAGUAAGCUUUUGGAACUUGAUGGAGACCCUGACCUUUUCCGAAUCUUACUGCAGAGGAGCCAUUUUACAGUCGGGCGGGCCAGAUAUUUCUCUGACUUUCUCAUCAAUUUGGACUUCUCCUUAAAACGGCAUUUCGAAUUGCUACGUGGUCUCAGCAUGAUCGACAUGUCUAGGGAUUCACACGGGAUGCCCCCUGAGCCACUCCAGCCCCCCUGGGACAGCAUCUGUCCCCCACCUCCAGUUCCAUCCCAGGGGCAAGAGGAAAAAGUGGCUGGUUAG